CCCCCGCACCCUCGCUCCCCCCUCGUCUCCCCGCCCCCAGGCUGCGACAAUCCCUCCCGGUCCCUGCCGUCCCCGGCUCUGCCGCCGCAGUCCCUCGGGCUUCCUCGGAGCGGGGACGGUGGGCGAGAGGUCGGUUCCCUCGGCACCGGAGCAGGCGACCUGGGAACCCCGGGGCCGCCGGAGGCGCCUCCCUCCCCUCCGCUGGCCCGGCACGCGCGGCAGGGGGGGCCGCGGCAGCGGGGGACCUGCGCCCCUCCCCUGCUCUUCCCGCGGGGGGCGCGCGCCCCUGGCCGCAGGGGGAUGCUGCGAAUGGGGGGCAGGGGGACGAACAUGGGGGGUGUCCAGCCCGGACGGACGGCGGCUCCUUCCACUGGCAGGAGGGAGCAGGGCUGGAGCCACUCACCGCGAGUACCCGACGACAUUUGUAGGGUGUGUCGAUCAGAAGGAACACCUGAGAAACCGCUGUAUCAUCCGUGUGUAUGUACUGGCAGUAUUAAAUUUAUCCAUCAAGAAUGCUUAGUUCAGUGGUUGAAACACAGCAGAAAAGAAUACUGUGAACUAUGCAAACACAGAUUUGCUUUCACACCAAUUUAUUCCCCAGAUAUGCCUUCAAGGCUACCAAUCCAAGAUAUUUUUGCUGGACUAGUUACAAGUAUUGGCACAGCAAUACGUUACUGGUUUCACUAUACACUUGUGGCCUUUGCAUGGUUGGGAGUUGUACCUCUUACAGCAUGCCGUAUCUACAAGUGCUUGUUUACUGGCUCUGUGAGCUCACUAUUGACACUGCCAUUAGAUAUGCUGUCAACGGAAAAUUUAUUGGCAGAUUGUUUGCAGGGUUGUUUUGUGGUGACGUGCACUCUUUGUGCAUUCAUCAGCCUUGUGUGGUUGAGAGAACAAAUAGUCCAUGGUGGAGCACCACAGUGGUUGGAACAAAAUCAUGCUCAACCUCUCAAUGCUGCUGGACAACAAAAUGAAGCUCCAGGUGUGGGAAAUGGUGCUGAAAAUGUUGCAGUUGAUCAGCCUGCUAACCCACCAGCUGAGGAUGCAGUAGUAGGGGAAAACCCUGAAAUUCAGGAAGAGCAAGCUGAUGAAGAAGAGGAAGACAAUGAAGAUGAAGAAGAUGCUGUAGUUGAAGAUGCAGCUGAUGCUAAUAAUGGGGCACAAGAUGACAUGAACUGGAAUGCUUUAGAAUGGGAUCGAGCUGCAGAAGAAUUAACAUGGGAGAGAAUGCUCGGACUUGAUGGGUCACUAGUUUUCCUAGAACACGUCUUUUGGGUGGUGUCUCUGAACACAUUAUUUAUUCUUGUCUUUGCAUUUUGUCCUUACCACAUUGGUCAUUUUUCUGUUGUUGGCUUGGGAUUUGAGGAAUAUGUCCAAGCAUCUCAUUUUGAAGGCCUAAUCACAACAAUAGUUGGCUAUGUACUUUUAGCAAUAUCACUGAUAAUUUGUCAUGGUUUGGCAGCUCUUGUGAAAUUUCAACGUUCCCGUCGCUUACUAGGGGUCUGCUAUAUUGUUGUUAAGGUCUCUCUAUUAGUGGUAGUUGAAAUUGGAGUGUUCCCUCUCAUUUGUGGCUGGUGGCUAGAUAUAUGUUCUCUGGAAAUGUUUGAUGCUACUUUGAAAGACCGAGAGUUGAGCUUUCAGUCUGCUCCAGGUACCACGAUGUUUCUGCACUGGCUAGUGGGAAUGGUCUAUGUCUUCUACUUUGCUUCUUUCAUUCUCUUGCUAAGAGAGGUGCUGAGGCCUGGAGUCUUGUGGUUUCUAAGGAAUUUGAAUGAUCCAGAUUUUAAUCCAGUACAGGAAAUGAUUCACUUGCCCAUUUAUAGACAUCUCCGGAGAUUUAUUUUGUCAGUGAUUGUCUUUGGUUCCAUUGUCCUUCUUAUGCUGUGGCUUCCUAUACGUAUUAUUAAGAAUCUGUUGCCCAAUUUUCUUCCAUAUAAUGUUAUGCUAUACAGUGAUGCCCCAGUGAGUGAACUGUCUCUUGAGCUGCUCCUGCUACAGGUGGUAUUGCCAGCUUUACUUGAACAAGGACACACUCGACAAUGGCUGAAGGGUCUUGUCCGAGCAUGGACUGUUACUGCUGGAUACUUGCUGGAUCUUCAUUCUUACUUACUUGGGGAUCAAGAAGAGAAUGAAAACAGUGCAAACCAACAAGCUAACAACAACCAGCAUGCUCGUAAUAACAAUGCCAUCCCAGUGGUGGGGGAAGGACUUCAUGCAGCCCACCAAGCCAUACUUCAGCAAGGAGGACCUGUGGGCUUUCAGCCUUACCGUAGGCCUUUAAAAUUUCCACUCAGGAUAUUUCUGUUGAUUGUCUUCAUGUGUAUAACCUUAUUGAUUGCCAGUCUCAUCUGCCUUACUUUACCAGCCUUUCUAUUUUCAGUAUUUGCUGGCCGGUGGUUAAUGUCAUUUUGGACGGGGACUGCCAAAAUCCAUGAACUAUACACAGCUGCCUGUGGUCUUUAUGUCUGCUGGUUAACCAUCAGGGCAGUGACAGUUCUAGUUGCGUGGAUGCCACAGGGACGCAGAGUGAUCUUUCAGAAGGUUAAAGAGUGGUCCCUCAUGAUAAUGAAGACUUUGAUAGUAGCAGUACUACUAGCUGGUGUUGUGCCACUUCUGCUUGGACUUUUAUUUGAAUUGGUAAUUGUUGCACCACUGAGGGUUCCAUUGGAUCAGACACCUUUGUUUUACCCAUGGCAGGACUGGGCCCUUGGAGUUCUCCAUGCCAAAAUAAUUGCAGCGAUAACACUGAUGGGACCUCAGUGGUGGUUGAAAACAGUAAUUGAACAGGUUUAUGCAAAUGGCAUCCGUAAUAUUGAUCUCCAUUAUAUCAUUCGAAAACUAGCAGCACCAGUGAUAUCUGUACUGUUGCUUUCUCUUUGUGUACCUUACAUUAUAGCAUCUGGUAUUGUACCUUUACUAGGUGUUACUGCUGAAAUGCAAAAUUUGGUACAGCGUCGAAUUUAUCCUUUUUUACUAAUGGUGGUAGUUUUGAUGGGUAUCCUGUCCUUCCAGGUUCGACAGUUCAAGCGCCUUUAUGAACAUAUUAAAAAUGACAAAUAUCUUGUGGGACAACGACUAGUGAACUAUGAACGAAAGUCGGGUAAACAAGGCACAUCAACACCAUCUCCACAGUCUUCACAAGAAUAAAGUAGUUGUCUUAAAUACCUUGACCUUCCUUUUGCCUUUAUGUGUCCUUUUUUGUGGACUCUUCUAUCUCUGGAUAAUAUUUUUCCCAGUGAUCCUCACAGCAAUGUUUUUACUUUAACUUUUUAAAAAUUCAUAUUCUUAGCAUUUAGAUAGCAGUUGAAGCUCUGCUCCUCUAUCUGCAUCUUCUUCAGUUUUCAUUGCUGUCUGAGAUCUGUAUAUGUGUAAAUAGAAAGUAUCCUGACACCCUAAAACCUUGGAUUAAACAGAAUGUGCAUUGUACAUCUUUAAACAAAAUGUAUAUUAAUUUAUUAAAUCUAGUUGUCACUUUAUUUUGGACCUGCUGUUCUGUUGACAAGAAAAGUGCCACAAGGCAAUGGCACAAAGAGGCAAGACUUUUCAGUGAAUUUGGAGCUCAUUUUAUGAUGUUCCUAAUAGUUCUUAUUAAAUUGAUGAAUUCUGACUUUCUUGGGUAGAGAGGCCUUACCAAGAACAUGAAAAGAAACAGAUACAAAUCAUCAGUGAAGUGUCUGUGGUAAGAAAACAUAAACUGUGUGCUUCACUGUCAACCUUUUUGAAAGUUAUUUUGUAUAACACCAAAGCUGUUGUACGUUUUCUACUGCCUGAUUUUUUUUUCAUGUGUCUGUGUUUGUAAUAUUGUACAGUAUCUUGCUGUAGGUAAGGAGUUUAUUUUUAAUUUUGAUAACUUUAAUAACCCUAGAGAUCAACAUUGAAAGUCAGGUUUUUGUGCUUGUUAAGGGCAUGUCUACACUUACCAAAAAACCAAAAACACCAAAUCAAGACUUUUUUUUGUUGUAUCCUUUACUCAUUUGCAUUUGUUGGCAGCAGUGGCCAAAAGUCACACAACAUCACAAAUCUUAUAGAAUAACAUCAUAAACAAUACAGCACUGCAACUUUACUGAAGUUAGUAUGUUUUUGUGAUGUUUUUGCUAAUUGUAGAUGUGGCUUAUUUCCUUAGGCAAAAUAUGUUGAAGAAAAUUAUUUGGAAAAAUCUAGCCCUGUGAGCUAGCAAAUGACUGGGUGGGAAUUAGGGAAUAUAUUUCUCCUACUUUUCAGGCAAUCAUCUCCCCAAAUCUCAAAAGCUUUAUAUGUGAGUGAAUGCAUUGAUUCCCGUUAACCAACUAAAUUUUAUCUAGGAAGAAGCUAGCUGAGCUGGUUUUUUCAAAAGAAAUACAAACUGUGUUACAUUAGAACCUUGUUAAGAAAUCUCGCUUUAAAAUUAGUUUUCCUUAUAACCAAAGCUACAAAUUAUAAACUUUACAGGGAGAACUGAUGGGCAAAUGGGCUGAAUAUUUUAAAUGGUAGUCACUAUAUUGCAUGAAAUGAUCGAGUCUGCCCUUUUUAAAGAAAGGCAGAAUUAACUCUGGUGAAUCACAAAUGGUUAUAGGAGAAUGAUCUUUGUAAAUUGCAGAAAAAAUCCAUAUAGUAUUAAAAUACAUAAACUAAAAUGUCCAGUUUUUUAAUGCAAAAGUACAGCCAAACACAAGCCACCAAAUCAAAUGCAACAAUUUCUGGUAGUUUCAUUUAUUUGCAGUCAUUCUCGGCCACCCCGUAGUGAGUUAUUAUUUUCAUUUAAAUUUUUUUUAAAAACAAUAUGGAUGGAAGAAGCUUUACGUGGGGUGUAGUAUUAUAGCAUUUCGCACUUUGUAGUACAUCUCUAUGUGUAUGCAGAUUUCUUGUACUGCAUUAAGGAAUGUUCAAGCUAAAGCUCUGCUCAGUCCUUUUGUCUAAUAAAAUUUUGCAUUUUAUUCUAAAUACUUGAUAAAAUCUGUCACGUUAAAUUUGUAUAGAAAUUGUCUUUAGAAGUAGAAAGUUUGACAAGUGAAAUUCAGUUAUUUUUACCCAAAUUCUUUAAUGUUUUAUUUAAUUUAGUGUUAACAAGAAUUUAAAUUCCUUUAUACAAAAGUUUAAUAACAUAUGCAUUUGUUUAGCACAGAAGGUCUAGACAAUUUUCCAAGACAUUAAUAAUUGAUAUUCUCCAGAAUUAUGUGUUGCUUCAUAUACUUGUUGGAAAAUUUCUGGUAAAACAUAACAUGUAAAAAGGCCAAAAUAAUUUUCCCUCUGAUUCACUCAUACAUAUAUUACAAUCAUUAAAGGUAAAAUUUGGAUUAUUUUUACCAUAAAUUAUUUUUGGUUUGAAUGUUUAACAUUCUGUAAUUUCAAAAGGAUAUUUUUUAGAGACAGGAUUUGUCAACAGUAGUUUGUUGGCAUCAAGAUUUUUCCUUAACAGUCUUGUAAAUAUUUAAAAUCUCUAUUGUUGCAGUCAGUCAUAUAGGUUUUUUCCCCCCUGUAGUUCAAUCUCAUACAUUUUACACACACUGAAACCCAAGUCUUUGAGGAAUAUUAAAAUUUGUUAGGAAAGUAAGGGUUUUUUUGUCCUAUUUAUUUUAGUAUUUUUUUUAAACAAAUCAAAAAAAUUAAAAUUUAGUGUUAACUUAGCAUGACCUACUCAUUAACUUCAUCAGAGGCCAUCGUUUAUGUUAAGUGCGUAGUUGUUUAUUGUCAGUAAAUUAUGAAUUUCAUUUUAAAAUCAUCAAGAGCUGUUUUCUUUUUUUAAAAUCUCAAUCUGAGAUUAUUACUUUCAAAAAGUGCUAAUGUGAAGUUUGCUGAUUUUAGCUAGGAUCCAAAAACCUCAAAAUGUUUUCUGUAGAUGAUUUUUCCUAUUACAUAUAUGGAGAAACAGUGGGGAUUAAGUGAAAACAAAUGUCAUUGGACACCUUAAGUCCAGAUGUAAAUGUAAAAUAAUUUUUAUUUUAAAAUUUAAUACAUCUCUUAAAUAAUGUAAUGAUUAUUGUCUUGUGUUUUUUUUUUCACUCCCCUGUUGAAAUAGUAGAGGCUAAUUUUCCCUCAGAUGAUUUGAUUUUUAUAAUAGAUACUUUUCUCUCACACCUAGAAAAGCAGCCAUUUCAAAAUAUGACUUUUGCAUUUGGGUUGAAAUGAAGAUUUAAAAAAAAAAUUCUGCAUUAACACAAUGUUUGCAAAAAAACACUGAUGAAAUACAUUUGGCAAAUAUUGACACGUAAAAAGUAAAGUUUUUAGUUUUGUCAUCUGUGUUAAGAAUGCUGCAUUUUAAAUUUAUUUGCUAAGGUCAGUUUUAUAGUAUCAAACUUAGCUAUGUUUAAAAGGUUUUUCAUAAUGAAAAGUAGAGAGUAUCUGUUCUAUUACUACUUCCAUUUAUCAUGAAAACUGUAGACAAAGUAUUAUCAAAAAGUAUGACUAAUAUAAAUUCUUUCAAACUUCUGGUUAAAUUAUUUUAUCCUAGUUUCUUAUUUUAAUCUAAUAUUUUCUGUUAUAAGAAACUGCAAGCCCAUACCUUUUAUGAGUGUCCAUAGGGGAAUCCUUCCUUCAUAUUUCACUUCCUGAUAUUCUGUAUUUUUAAUAUCAUGUGAUAAUUAGACAAUGUACCUUUUAUUCCUGUAUACUUUUUAUAUGUGCCUUUCACUUUUUAUUUGUCACAAAUGUAAACUAUUUCCAUUCACAGAACUACCAUCAAUAAAAAUGUGAAGAGUGGAAUGUCAA